AUGGGUUGUGUAGCUUAAAAGAAAAAAGUUGAAAAGUAGAUCUAUAGAAUGGAAACUCAAAUAAAGAAGUUGGUUUAGUAGAAUGAAGAGAUGACAAAUCAAAUCAAUACUAUGAGAGAGUAGGAAUAGUUACUAUCUCAACUUUGUGAAUAAAGGUCUGAAAGAUAAGUAUCUCCUUAAUAAUCUAUAGAAAAUAGAUUUGACUGCUUUGACAGAUGAGUUGAAUAAUAGAUUUGAGAAGAUGAGUAAUGAUCUAAAAUAAAUUGAUAUAAUUUGCGAGGAAUAAAAAUAGGCAAAAUUAAAAGAGAUGUUAGAAUGGAAGAAUGUAAAUAAUGUUCUAAUGGUAAUAGUUAUUUGAUAAAUUGGAUAAUGUAUCAAAGAAUAACUUAUCUCAAAUAUCAGAAGAAGAUGAAUAUUGA